AAGACAUGACGUUUUCUUCGAAAGCGUUUUUCUAAAUGCGUCGUGAUUAGUUAGGGUCUUCUCUAUCACAUAACUCGCAUAGAUCAAGAUUGAGCCUAAAGAGUCUCAGCUUCGGUUGGAAUUUAUCAUGAAGAACAGAAGCUUCGGGGGAGCAAACGACAAACCAUGUGUUGCGGAAAUGUCGUUAAUUUCUUCCGCUUUUCUGAUUUUUUUGUACGCUGUCUCCAGCAUGACUUGUCUUUUCGGCAAUUGUGUUGUCCUUCUUGCGAUCUAUCAAACAAAGUCUCUCCGAACUGUAUCAAACUUUUUCAUCGCUUCGCUCGCUGUGGCAGACAUUUCAGUGGGUUUUCUCAUGAACCCGAUUCUGAUAUCUAAAGUGGCAUUGAACAUUUGGCAAGGAAACCACUGGCUUUCUAAACUUGCUGACUUAAUGUGGAUCCAAACGACAACAAGCACUACUUUUAAUUUAUGUUCUGUCAGCAUUGAUAGAUAUAUAGCAAUUACUGCGGUUUUUAAAUACCACCGAAUCAUGACUCGCAAGAAGUGUUUCACCGCAUUAAUUUUGAUUUGGCUAUUUUCUUUCUUGUUUGCCUCUGUGAGACUUUUUAUCGACAACUCAGACGAGCUUCCAAGACUUUGGAUUUCAACCACAGUGUUAACAGUUAUCAUUCCACUCUUCCUCAUUGGAUUUUGCUACCUAAAAAUUUGCUGCGCUGCAAGGACGCAGAUCAAGAAAAUCGCUGAACGCAAGAUAAGCGCAGAAGAAGCGAGAUUAUCUGCUAUGAACAGAAAAGCAGCUUGGACAGCGGGAGUAGUUAUUUUUCUUUUUGUGAUCAUGUGGUUACCAAGCUUUGUGGCUUCCUGCAUCGAGCUUACGACAGCGAAUCGCUGUAAAAAGUUAGAAGUUGACUAUGCUUGGUUCUGGUUCGCCUUUUUAUGCUUUUUAUCAUCAGCCGUUAAUCCAUGGGUUUACACGAUAAGAGUGCCAGAAUUUAAAAACACUUUGAGAAGAAUUCUGGGUCGAAAGCGGAUGAGUAGAGAGCUUUCUCGAAGAAUCAUUGCGAGUUUUCGAAAUUCGAAAAGCAAUCCGCCAGCAGUUUAAAUUACUCGACAUUCAAUGUUUAAUAGAUUAAUACGAAAAAUAUUUGCGUCGCAACUACAGUUUAAGACUAUUUACUGAAUCAUGUACAAUAAAGAAAACGGAGAGAAAUUUGGUGAUUGACUCUUUGAGCCUGUACUUUUUCAUUCAAACGCUUAGCUCUUGAUUUCUAAUGGUCAACCUUAAUUGUCACACCUUGAACGCUAAGCAGUUGCAGCUUUUUUAUCCAAAUUUUUCCUUUUUAAAAACUUUUAAAAUUUUGAUCAGAAAUUCAUUGAAGCAGCUUUCAGAAACUGUUAUUCCUCGUUGUACGAACUACUAUUUAAACGGCAAUUUUCAAAGCUUUAUUUCUGAGAAAAAGUCAGCAACGAAGCUGGUCAUAUCAAAAGAAAAAA